GUGAAGAAUUAGAAAGGCUGAAAACUCAACUCACCGAAAUGAGAAAUAAAUUGAGGCAAGUACCAAAGAUACAGAAUCCUGCCUGCAUUUUACAAAAGGAUACUUCAUAUGAUGUAUGGAGGAAAAUUGUGGAAAACGAUUUCAGAACCUUCGGCUAUUUAUAUUUAAUUGACAAAAACGAAACAAAACCUACACUUUCUGCCGAUGAAGAAACCAGUAGAAGUGGUUUCGCUAUGGGGUAUCUAAUAAGUAGACUAGAUGAUGAAUACAAAAGAUUAGUAUGUGAUAUAAAUGAGCCUAUGGCAAUACUAGAAAAAUUGGAUUCAUUAAAACAUCCAAAAAUCCCAUCGACUAAAUUUGUUCUGAAAAGGUCAUGGUCUAAUUUGACAUACCUAAAAGGUAAAGAAACAGCUACUCAAUUUAUUACUAGAUUCGAAGAAGCUACACGAAAUCUUAUGAGGGUUACUGAAGGUGAAAUGAAAGAAGAAGAUAUUCGUGAAAAUUUUCUUAUGGCGAUUUACAAUUCCGUACCAGAAGUAAUUAGAAGGUAUGAUGCCUCUGGUGGGAAAAUCUCACUGAAUGAAAUAAAAUCUAUGAUGUUAAACACUGAGGCAACAGAAGCGGAAGCAAAAGCGAGGUGCGAAGAAAUGGAGACAACAGUUGCUCUUAAUGCCUCUGUUGGAAGUAGAGAUUCAAAGAAAUUCAAUAUAGGGAAGGUGAAGGUAUGCUAUCGAUGUGGAAAGCCGAAUCAUAUGAGUUUUGAAUGUAAGAGUAGAGCUAUCAUUUGCUACAAUUGCAAGGAACUAACUACAAAUCAUGAUGCAAAAUCAUGCAAAAAGAGGAAAGUAAUCGGAAAGAAUCGUGUAGGUUACAAUUAUAGAAAGGAGCAGAGAGGUGGAUAUCUAGGGAGAAGAAUGUAUAAAAAUGUUGGAAACAGAAGAAAUACUGAAGGUUCACAAAUGAAAGAGGAUAAUAAUAAUAGAAGAGGUUUGUACAAGAAAGUAAAACUAAGCGGGGAGGAAGGUGAAAAAUCUAAAUUUGCCUUUGUCGCAAUGGAAGAUUUUGAUGCAUCGUAUGCAGAGAACUUGCAGGAAGAAUGAGAGGCAAACGCAGCAGAAGUUGAAGGUGAAACGUGUGAUGUCUUUGAAUAAAAGGUGAAGAAAAGGAGAUGAAGAAGAGAUAAGGAAAAGAGGACAGAAGAAUAAGAUUUCAGUUGUUAUGUUUCAAGAAGUUUAUUUUUUUAUACAAAUAUAAUAUGUACUAUGUUUGAAAAUGA